GAUUUGACAUUUAUAAUAUUCUUAUUGUAUGACUACUCUCCACCUUAGCCCCAUUUCAAUUUUAUCUUUGUGUUAAUGUCAUAGUCAUUUCCAAGCAAAUCCACACAUACACUAAUCCACUAAUUCUUAAAAUAUUAAGUGACAAGCAAAAUCUUACCCAUCUUUGUUAGAGAAAUAUGGGUACUAAUGCAUCGAAGAACUCGGAUAGUAGCUCCCAUGGCGAUGAAGAUAGAGACUAUCAAGCAGGUGCCCAACUCUAUGUUUCUCUUAAGAUGGAGAAUUACACUCUUAAAGGAGAUCUUCUUCCCCAUGUUUUUGGUUCUGCUCCUUUAGUUGGUUCUUGGGAUUCUUCUAGAGCUCUGCCAUUGGAACGGGAAUCUACUUCCAUGUGGGAAUUGAGUUUUGUUGUUCCUCCUAAUCAUGAAACAUUGGAUUUCAAGUUCUUAUUGAGGGCGAAAGAUAGUAAUAUUCCGUGUAUCAUUGAGGAAGGUCCCAAUAGAAUAUUAUCUGGGGGUAAGCUACAAGGAGAUGCAAGGGCAGCUUUGUUUCGACUGAGUGCUGAUGCUGUUGUAGAGUAUCGGGUUUGUAUUAAUGCUGAUAGAGUUUCACCAUUUGAUCUUGCAUCGAGUUGGAGAGCUUAUCAAGAGAAUCUGCAACCUUCAGCUGUCAGGGGAAUUCCUGAUGUAAGCAUAAAUUCUGUGUCACAGACAGGCAUUGAGAGUGGAUCCCAAGCUAGUUUGGAGCUUGAUCUUGAACAUUAUGUUGUCCCAUCUCCUGCUACAUGUGUGGUUUAUCCAGCUAACAUGACCGAAACUCCCAGGUACUUAGCCGCCAGCAAGUAUGGCUCAGGCACUGAAUCAAAUUUUUCUAAAAGUGGUGGCACUGGCAAUCAGCCUACUGGUGUCAAGGAGAUUGAGGUAGUAAUACCGGAACCCAAUAAGGUGGAUCCACCCUCUUCUGUGGUGGAAGAAAAAUCAUGGGAAACCACUCCACCUUUGCCGGAACAGGAUUCUCACAAGGGACUUUUUGUAGAUAGAGGUGUGGGUUCUCCUAGGAUUGUUAAAUCAUCCAAUCAUAGUACUUUUACAGCUGAUCUGAAACUUGGUUCAGAAAAUAAGACUGCGAUGCCCGCAGCUGCUGGAGCAGUAGCUGCAGCAGCUGUAGCUGAUCAAAUGCUUGGACCAAAGGAAGAUAGGCAUUUGGCAAUCGUCCUGGUUGGUUUGCCUGCUCGAGGUAAGACCUUCACUGCUGCUAAACUGACGAGAUAUCUUCGUUGGUUGGGUCAUGAUACGAAGCACUUUAACGUGGGGAAGUACAGGCGCUUGAGACUAGGAACUAAUAAGUCAGCUGAUUUUUUCAGAGGCGACAAUACUGAGGGUAUUGAAGCACGUAAUGAGGUCGCUGCUCUUGCGAUGGAAGAUAUGAUAUCUUGGAUGCAUGAAGGCGGUCAAGUAGGUAUAUUUGAUGCUACAAACAGCACCAGAGAACGAAGAAAUAUGCUAAUGAAGCUGGCUGAAGGAAACUGCAAGAUUAUAUUCUUGGAAACUUUAUGUAAUGAUGAACGCAUCAUCGAGAGAAACAUACGUCUUAAGGUCCAACAGAGCCCAGAUUAUGCAGAGCAGCCAGAUUUUGAAGCUGGAUACAGAGACUUCAAAAGCCGACUAGAUAAUUAUGAAAAGGUGUAUGAACCAGUGGAGGAAGGUUCUUAUAUAAAAAUGAUAGAUACAGUCAGUGGACAUGGUGGCCAAAUCCAGGUGAAUAACAUAAGCGGGUACCUUCCUGGACGAAUUGUUUUUUUCUUGGUGAAUACACAUCUCACCCCUCGUCCAAUAUUACUUACUAGACAUGGUGAAAGUCGAGAUAAUGUCAGAGCCAGAAUUGGUGGCGAUUCUGUUUUAAGUGAUACUGGGGAGCUGUAUGCCAAGAAGCUUGCCAACUUUGUGGAAAAGCGGCUGAAAUCUGAGCGUGCUGCCUCAAUAUGGACCAGCACUUUGCAAAGGACAAUUUUAACUGCAAAUCAUAUCGUGGGAUUUCCCAAGGUGCAAUGGCGAGCACUUGAUGAGAUUAAUGCUGGAGCAUGUGAUGGGAUGACUUAUGUAGAGAUCAAAAAGAACAUGCCUGAAGAAUAUGAAUCCCGUGACAAAGAUAAGCUUCGAUAUCGGUAUCCUCGAGGAGAGUCAUACUUAGAUGUUAUCCAAAGAGUAGAGCCUGUGAUCAUUGAGCUUGAGCGUCAAAGAGCACCUGUAGUAGUAGUUGCUCACCAGGCUGUUCUGAGAGCAUUGUAUGCUUACUUUGCUGAUAGGCCUUUGAAAGAAAUACCGCAUAUUGAGGUACCUCUUCACACAAUUAUAGAGAUCCAAAUGGGAGUAACGGGCGUGCAAGAGAAACGAUACAAACUUAUGGAUUGAAGUGGCUGAAGAAACUUCAUUUAAUCAACCCUAUAUCUCUAUUGUUUUCACUUAAUGAUGUUUACUUGCUACCAUCAUAUCAUUAUAGGUUACAGUUACAUACUGUACUCAAUAUUUUUUAUAAUUGUCCAUGAAUUCAGAACACUACUGUUUUCUGAGACGCUGCUAUACUUGGAAACUGUAAUAUAGUUUCGUAGUCGUGUGCUCAAGCUAGUUGCAAUUUUUUUGUGAACGGAAACUAUUUGGUUCAGUUCAUUGAAAUGCACAACGCUAAAUGUAGCUCCAUACUGCAUUUCAAACCAGUUGAAAAUGCAAUUUGAAAUGCUAGUGGUGGCAUUUCGAUUUGCAGACGAUAAGGUAUGGGCUUUCUAGAUGUAGUCAACCUCACGAGUUCUUCAUUUACUAAACCAUUUUCCUUCGACUCUAGUUAUGAAUCGCAUUCUUCAUCUCAUCUACACAUUUCUUUAUAUUGAGUUACGAAUUCAUUAAUAAUUUAAUAAUAUCUGAAUACUUGAUACUAGACAUCAUAACAAGACUAUAACCAUAACAUCCAGUAUUCUGACUAUAUUUCUUUCACAAUUUCCGAGUGCCAUUUGUAACAAGUCAAUUCUGCAUUACGACAAAGCCCUGAUAUAUAUACUAGUAUAUAUGUACAGUUGCUGAGGAUUACAAAGCACUAUUCCACUAUGCUCGGGAUGCCAACAGCAGUAACAGCAUUCGCGCAGAAACAACACAAGCAACUGAGUAUUAAUUUUGUGCCAUCAAUGUCGAACUGUCACUUUCUUCUAAGUUAGCAUAUUUCGCUUCUCCGAGAAUAUCAGUUGCUCUAAAUGGGGAUGCAACAUCCUGUGUAAGUUAUAAAAACAAUGUUAUGGUGUUUCAACGAGGUUGUGGGAGAAGCAAAUAUCUACGAAAGUGAGAAAGAUACCACUUCACUUGGCAUCGUAAAUUGAUUUUGUUUCUUUGAAAGAUCCCUCAGAGUACCCUGCAUAAGUUCAAAAUGUUCAAACAACAAAAUCGAGAACACGUUGCAGACUGCUGAACAUCUAAGAGAACACACGAGUCCAUGACAAUCCUCGAAUGAAGUAAGCACGACAGUAGAAGAACGAAUCUGUAAUUUAGUUUCUAAGCAUAGUGUCUAGAACACCAAUGGCCGCAAAUAGGUUUGCCCAAGGGACCCCACCCAUUUAAAUUUUCGUGUCAUUAUAUAAAAGCAAUAAGUCAUAUAACUACUAUAUUAAAAAAAGAUAACAGUGGUGAAGAGUAUAGUUUUUGAACUAGAAGUUAGGGGUUCAAAUCUUGGCCCCUCUUUUUUUUUUUUUAAAAAUAAUAACGUUGGACCUCUCUAACUUACAGGUCAAUAUCCACCAUUGUAUAUGGAUAGUAUCAUUAUCAGCAUCCUUUUAACUUACUAACUUCGAAUUAUGUAUGAGUAUGACUACUUGAAAGUUAUGUACAUAUAUAAAUGCACAACUAAAGUUGAGGGUGUCAAUGGCCGCAACCUCCUUAUCUCUUUCGAUAAGGGCAUGGUCUGUCGUCUUUUAUUCCUCCCCAGACCUUGAUACACCGGGUAUGAAGAUGAUGAUGAUGAUAUUAUCCAUAUACAAAGAACAACCCUUGGCAUUCUUACAAGGCCUCACAAGAAAGAACAGACUUUGACUAGAACCUAAGAAGGAACAUAUGAUCCUGAAAGUGCACAAAAAAUUGGCAACCCAGCACAAGCUACGGAACAUAGACGCAAGUGGCAUUCGCUCGUUCAUUUAACAGAAAAUCUAGAGCUUGUAGAAGUACAAAUCAUACAUAAAGGAGACACAAUCAAUCAAAUCGUUAGCAACAUAAUGCACACAAUAUAAAGAACAUGCAAACCUUGUUAGCCCAUGCAAGGCCGCAUGCAUUACAAAGCGUCCUAGGCCCAUUUGGUCCACGCCGCAUCAUUGGAGUUGACUUCGAACUGAUGCCACAAUGACCACAUCUACAGAGAGCCAAGGAUAAGCAGCACAUACAAUAAAUCAGCAGCAAACAAAACGCAACUGGACAUGAAGACAACAAAAAGACGCCUCAUGCCACUAUCCCGAAAAAAAAAAACAGCGCAAGUCAGCAAGUCAUUUUAAGGAUACGCCAAGCUAAAGAUCAGGAAAGGAACAUACAAUGUUUCUAACUGUGUAUCAUCAGGACCUGAAUCUUGGGUAUUACAGCCAGAAGAUUCAUCCCCCUUCUUAGAAGUAAAUUGUCCCUUGGUACGCAGCAUCCUGUUGAGAAAAAAUAAUACAAAUCAUUAGUUAUAUGUAAAAAAGGACAAGGUUAGAAAGACACCAAGGGGUGUUAACCAUAUAGAAAAAUAAUCAAGAAACAUUUAGUGCUUUCAAAGUCUAAAACAUCAAGUUUUAACAACAACAAUGUCAAAACUCAGAACCUUAAUUCCAAAAAGUUGGGGUCAACUACA